AAUUCCACGGAAUAAACGAGGAAGAAAAACUGAAUUAAGGCCUCUCUUUCGAAGCUUCUCACUCUAGCUCGCUUUCUCUGUGCGGCUGUGGCUUUGGUUUCCUUCCCAACCAAGCAAAACCCAGAGCAAACCCGCACCCUAAGCGGACAAAUAUUCAGCUUAUACGUACACCAAAUCUCCCAAUCAGGAGAAGAAAACUUUUAAUCCGUAGUAAUCCGAUCUCUCGCACCAUAUCGUCGUUCAUGUCGCCGGCGCCGGUGGAUGUUCGGCCUUCCCUUACCUCCAAUCCUUCAUCUCUUCAAAACCCUAGUUUUGAUUCUUUUUCUCUGAACAGUUUCUCAGAUGAUCAUCAACAAAGCAUAAAGUCCCCAAUUUUUACUAUCCCAAAUGAAUUCGGCGAUCAUGGCGGCCUCGCUUGUAGGAAUGGUUUGCGAACAGGGUCUGUGGCGUCGAGCCGAACUCGCCCGAGGUUUGUGAAGGUGAGGAAACAGUUGCAUGUGAAGUCGCAGGGGGUAUCAGGCGAGUUCGGCCUGGGUUUUAACCCUUUUCAUUCGGGUGUUGAGAGUUCGAGUCGUAGUAACGAUUAUAGCAGUAGUUCAAAUGAGGUUUUAGAGAAAUGUGAGUCAAAUGGGGUUGAUUGUUCAAAUGUGAUUUUUGUUUUCGGUGCUAGUAGCAGUAGUUCUACAUCCAAUUUGACUGCCACCAUGAAUUUGGAUUCUGGGGAGAGAGUAUUUGAUGCUAGUGGAGAAGAAUUGAGUUCCAAAGUGCGGCCUGUGAAAUCUGACGAUAUUGGUUUUGUGUUUAACGAUAAGCAGUGGCACUUCAAUGACAACGAGGGAAAAUCAGUUUCAAAAGCAGCGAAUGGGAAGCUUGACAGUGAAUCUUGUGUGUUUGGAAAUAAGCAGAGGCAAUUAAGUGAAAAUGAGGGAAAACCAAUUUCAAACGCUGACAAUGGGAAGCUUCAUAGUGUUGGUUUUGUGUUUGGUGCUAGUGAGAAUAAUGUGGAGCUGAAGUUGGGGUUGGAAAAGGAAGAAUCAAGAGAGUGCAAUUCUGAUUCAGGUGCCUAUUAUGUAGGGAAGGGGAGUUCAAGGACUGAAGUUGAGCAUGGGAGGGAUGGUUCUGCGGGUUUUGAUUUUGGUGCUGAGAAGAGCAAUUUGGGGUCAAAUUUGAGUUUCGAGAAGGGAGAGUCUAGUGGUAUUGCGAAAGAUCCAGAUUCUAGUAAUACUGGGUUCAUAUUUGGUGCUACUGCCAGUACUUCCAGUGGAAAGAUGGGGAUUUCUGGUACUGGUUCUGUUUUUGGUGCUACUUGGUUUAAUUCAAGUGACAAGAACGAAUCUGGUGGAAGGCUUCAGAAUUUGGUCUCUGAUCAUGCAGAGAAGAUGGAAGUGGCUGAAACAGCUCAUGAGGUCAAAGGUGCUGAAGUUAAGAUUGACAUUAAUGGAAUUGGGAGUUGGAAGGGGGAUUAUGAUAAGGUUCCCUAUAUAUUUGGUAGUAGCAGUAAGAAAAGCUCCAAUUCCCGAGAAUGCAUGGCUACCAGCUGCAAUGAUGAGGCAAAGUCUAGCAAUGGAAAUUUUGAAAGCUGUAACAGCUUUGCAAAGGCUCAAAAUGGUACUUCAGAUUCUAGCAAUGAUGGUAAGUGUAAACUUGGAUCAUUUGGAAACAGUAGUAACAUAGCUAAUGUUUUUAUGGCAAACCCUGUAUUUACUAAUAUCACCGAUGAGAUGAAAAAAUUGAAUAUUGAUGGUUCUAAUAACGUUGAUGGGUUGGACAAUAAGAAGUUUGUGUUUAGAAGCAAAAAAAUGACUUCUGCCUCUUCUAAUGGAGUUUCAGUCACUACUUCUCAUGAAUGGAAUUCAGAAGGUCUUAUUAAUACAGCUAAGGGCACUGAUGGUGAUCCAUUUGAAUCAACUGCUAAGAAGGAAAGUGUUAAUGUAGUUGGUGCUUCCACCGGAAUUUUCAAUUCUGAAACAAUUAGAUCUCAGAUAGGACUAGCAAAGACUUCUGCUGAAAGCUCGUUAUCUCAUAAUUCUCGUGGUCAAGUGAUUGACAAUACACAGCUAAAUGGAGCUGCUGCAUUGUCUUCGUUCUCAUCUAUUGGUCUUGAUUCCCAAGGCAAUGUUGAGGCAUCUGAACCACCUCCUAUGCCUGGGUUUGGAAAGGAAAAUGAUAAAAGUAGUUAUACAAGCACUGCAGAUAGAUUAGGAGUGUUUACAGAAUUCAAAACACCUCAGUGGGAUCCUUCUUGUUUAAAAGAAAGUCUAUUUCCUGAAUUAAAUAGAAAACUUGAAUUCAGUGUAAAGGGUAGAUCAAGAAAGGUCAAAAAGUCAAAGACACUGAGGGGAAAAUUGAAGCGACUGUCUCAAAAUAAGCAACAACAAGAGCAAGAUCAAGUGAAAAAUGGCAGUGCCCAAGAGGCUAUGAACUCCCCAGGAUGUUAUUCACCAAUGGAUUUUUCUCCUUAUGAGACUACCACAACUGAGAAGUUUUCAAGGGAAAAUUCCAGGAUAUCAAAUGAUUCCAUUUUCAUGGACAAGAAUGGCAUGUCUUCUGUCUUGCAUUCAACAGUGCCUAGCAGUCUCAAAGAUAGCGAAGGAUUAGAUCUUGAAAAAGGUGGUGAGACAAAUCUGGAGAAUGAUGUAUAUCAUUCUGAAAGAUGUUUUGUUGGUGAUUCUCCCACAAAACCGUUUGUUUUUGAAAUGGGAUGCUCUAAUUGCAACAGCGAGCCAGUCUGCACUAGUAGUGGUGCUGGUGUUUCUACUGUUAAAGAUACAUCUGGCAUAAACAUUGAAAGCAAUCAUCAAAUACAUUUUAGUUUUGCUUCAGGUUUGGAAGAUGUAGAUGGGAGCAAAUUUUCCUUUUCUGCUUCAUCCUCUGCGCCAAAUAGUUCAUCUGCAGCCAAACGGCCACAUAGGAAGAAAAAUAGAAGAAAAGUUCCUUGUGAAACAUUUGUUAUUGGUGCAAACUCAAAUAAUAAGGAUCAAGAAGGAGAUUUAUCUACUUCACAACGAAAAUUGGGGAAUAAUUCUGGAGCAAACGAACUGUUGAAACAGGGUUCUAUGUCAUCCACUGCUGUUGCAAUUCAGGAAGCUUGUGAAACAUGGCGACUCAGGGGCAAUCAUGCUUAUAAAAGUGGAGAUUUGUCCAAAGCUGAAGAUUUCUACACACGUGGAAUAGAUUCUGUCCCUUAUAGUGAGAGAUCAGGAUGCUCCCUCAAGCCUCUUAUUAUUUGCUACAGCAACCGGGCAGCAACUCGAAUGUCUCUUGGAAACUUGAGGGAAGCUUUAAGGGAUUGUACAAUGGCUGCUGCUCUAGAUCCCAGAUUUCUCAAAGUUCAAAUGAGAGCUGCCAAUUGUUAUCUUGCACUGGGGGAAAUUGAAAAGGCACAGGUCCACUUCACUAAUUGCUUCGAGUCAGGGGAUUGUGUGUGUUUGGACCGGAGAAUCACAAUAGAAGCUGCUGAUGGCCUACAAAAAGCUCAGAAAGUGGCUGAGUGUAUGAAUCAUUCUGCCAAACUUUUUUCACAACAGACAUCUGAUGCAGCACUUAGUGCUUUAGACAUAAUUGCAGAGGCCUUGUCAAUUAGCCCAUAUUCAGAAAGAUUACUGGAAAUGAAAGCAGAGUCCAUGUUUAUGUUACGGAAGUAUGAAGAGGUGAUUCAGCUGUGUGAGCAGACUCUUUGUGCUGCUGAAAAGAAUUUCAUUUCAUCAGGCACCAAUGACCAGUUUGUAGAUAAAGACGAUUCUCGAACUGAUAGCCACUUAUUUGUGAGGCUGUGGAGGUGGUGCUUAAUAUCAAAGUCCUACUUUUAUUUGGGAAGGCUUGAAGCGGCUCUUGAUUUACUCGAGAAAUCAGAGCAAAUGGGAUCUAUAAGUGACAAGUACGCAAGCAAGAUACCAGAUGCAUCACUUUCAUUAGCAGUCACCAUACGUACUCUCUUGCAUCGUAAGAAGGCAGGUAAUGAAGCAUUUCGAUCAGGAAGGUACACAGAAGCAUUAGAGCAUUACACUGCAGCUGUAUCAAGCAAUGUUGAAUCACGUCCUUUUGCAGCUAUCUGUUUUUGCAACAGAGCUGCUGCACACCAAGCCUUGGGCCAAAUUGCUGAUGCCAUUGCUGAUUGCAGUCUAGCCAUAGCCCUUGAUGGAAAUUACUCAAAGGCAGUUUCCAGGAGAGCUUCCUUGGAUGAGAUUAUCAGAGACUAUGGACAAGCAGCCAAUGAUCUCCAAAGAUUCAUAACUUUACUUGAAAAUCAUUCUGAUGGAAAAGCUAGACGGUCUGGCACACCUGGUAGAUCCACCAGCAGUACAAAAGAAUUAAAGCAAGCUAAACGGCGUUUAUCCUUGAUGGAGGAAGAAGCUAAGAAAGGAAUACCAUUGGAUUUAUACCUUAUUUUGGGAGUUAAAGAAGCUGAUACAGCAGCCGAAAUGAAAAAGGCAUACCGUAAAGCAGCACUUAGACAUCAUCCAGAUAAGGCUGGUCAGUUCUUGCAAAGAAGUGAAGGUGGAGAUGAGGGGCGACUUUGGAAGGAUAUUGUCCAGGAGGUGCACAAGGAUGCUGAUCGGUUAUUUAAAAUGAUAGGAGAAGCAUAUGCUGUGCUCUCAGACCCAGCUAAGAGAUCAAAUUAUGAUCUAGAAGAGGAAAUUAGAAAAGCAUCGAAGGAAAACAAAGGAAGCCACCCUCCCAGAAGAACAUCAGAUGGUUACAGCUAUUCAUAUGGGAGGAGUAACCAUCAGCGAAAUUGGCAGGACAAUUGGAAUACAUAUGGUCAUUCACGUUCUCGAUGGUAAGAAACACAUGGAAGUCCUGGAUUUUUAUGUAAGUAAACAUUAUUUGGUAUUUAUAUCCAAAGUCACCUUAUUUGGAUCAAGAAGGUUGGAUCAACUUUUAGUGGCACAAGUUUUGCAGUGGGUCUGUCAGGAAUCAGAAUUGAUAGCUGUCAGUCUGGUCUGUUACCAACCUUAGCUCCAGAAUGGAUCAAAUGUGAAGGCGCUGCCAUUUGUCUAAUAUUUGUUGCUCUGGACAUAUUUAAAGUAUAUUGGGUCUAAGAAAUUUAUAUGAUUUGCGAAGUUGAUGAUUAUGUGACUUGCGAAGAAGUUGAAGAGAUUCUUUGUAAAGUUAGGAAGAUAUGGGAGGAGAAUGGUCUUGGAAGGCAAGUUCGUGCGCAUAAUCUAAGGCUAUGCCUUUGUCUCUUGGACACAUAGUUACGGAGGAAUUUUCUGGGUUUUUCAUGCAUUUCCUCCACAUCAGGAACACAGAAUAUACCUGAAAUUGUUUAGGAAGGCCUUACAUUUAUUAUUGAAACAAGUUGAAUGUUUUAUUAUCAUAAACUUCUAGCCUUUGCAGCAGUCUGGUUGCUGUGCUAUAUAUAUAUAUAUAUAUAUAUAUAUAUAUAUAUAUAUAUAUUCAAUUGAGUCUGUUAUAAUAUAAAUGGGUAACACUUCCCCUGUCUGAAUCCUAUUAUUAGUAGCUGCAGAAGCUUUGCAAGCUAUUUGUGUCUUCUAUUACAUAUAAUGUAAUUAGCAUGUGUACGGUUUCUUUGGAUUUCAUUUUCUUAUCAAGGGGCUGUUUUACAUGUUCAAA